GUUCCGGUGAUGUCCAUAAUCAUUUUUUAACUUCCGCACCGUCAUGGCCUUCCUGGAGGAUGACGACGCCGUGCGCGCUUUCGAGGCGGCGCUAUCGUUCGUGGAGCAGUACUCGAUUGAUACUUCAGUGUUUACAGCGUCCCCCUCCACAGCUGGUGCAUCUAACACGGCCCUCGACGACAUCGACCUCCUAUCACCCAGCCUCACACCUCUUACGUCUGCUUUACCGACCAAUUAUGCGUCUCCUGGGGCUGGUAGCGACACGUCGAUGACGUCUCCUUCUUCUUCCGCGUUUAAAAUAUCGAAAGAGCCUCCUGCAAAGCUUGAACUCGGUCUGCCGGCUGCAGGAACAGUCUCCACCAAAAGGAAGGGAGUUGGGAGAGGCAGAAAGAAGUCGACGGGUGGCCCCAAGAAGCCCGUGACGAGAGGUGACCCCAACCGGGCCAGAAAUGAACGCAAGAUUGAGUUGGCUUAUCUUCGAGAAAAGGUGUCGCAGUUGGAACUGGAGCUGCGAGCGCUUAAACUCCAUCCGAGGACGCAGGCGAGAGCCAUCCGCCACGAUGGCGACAAGAAGCUGACAGAGCCAAUGAAGAAAGACACAGAAUUAGAUUCGGCUAUGUCGGUAUACGAUCCAGUGCAGGUGCCGACGGUGUGGAAAGAGGUGGCGUGCCGCCAACGCAGGAGGAGAGAGAAGGCCGAGCGCGAGAACGUUCGUUUAAAGCUCAUUUUGGAGAACCAGAUCCGGAUGGCUAGAGGUCUGGAGAGUUUGCUACAGAAGAGAGCAAAGCAGCAAGUGGUCGAGUGUUCCAGCUUGUCACAGACCAAAAAGUCCAAGUAUUCUCAGGGACGGACGCUGGAUUUCAGGGCGGACGUGAACGAUUUUAAGGACUUGUUGGCGCAUCUGGACAGAGCGUAUCGUGAGGUGGACGUAGUGUUCGCUGCGAAUGGUUUGGCCACUAUGGAGACAACGCAUCGUGAUGCCAGGAUGCGUGAGGGAGCCGACUGCAUGUAUCUUGACAUUUUCGCUAACAAAGUCAUGCCGUUUGGGAUGCGUGCAACUGCACAAGCGGUGUGGGACCACUUUAAAGGAGCAGAGAAACAUCGUGGCAACAUGUACGAAGGAAAAGUGGCAAAGCACUUGGCGACGCCGGAUACGCCCGAUACAAUCAUUGAGGACUUUGCCAAGGAAUUCUUUGCUGACAGUGCACGUGCCGAUUUCCAUGCGAAGCAAGUACUCCGUCGAUAUGUAGAGCAAGACCGGGAAAUAGUGAUCUGGGUAGCAAGUGUCGUCCCUCUUGAGUUCGACGACCAGCGCGUCAAGGGUCUUGGCUUCCGUCAUCAAGGAUAUGCUGUCACCAAGCGAGCAAAGGCAUCCAAACCAAACCGAGAGUUUUCACUUCUGCAGCUGUGCUCACUAGUGUCACCAGAGAAGGAGGACCACACAGUAUACGACCCUGCAGCCGUACGUGCACUGACAGAUUUCAUGUUGGGGACCGUGGCAGGCAACAUCACGGCGAGUCAGGAGCUUAUCGAGAACGUUUUGAUGGACCAAGCGGUAAAGCCCUAGAACCCACAGGGCAUACACUUUGCCCUACAGCUCCGCGUCAGGCACGCGGCGAUAUCUAUGUUGCACGUAUACUAAUCUCACAUGGCAAGUCUUGCGCGUUUUAACUUGUGAGCGUUUGCUCCAUCUCUUGUUUUUGUAUGAAUAACAGCCCAACGCAAAUGAUCAACAUUCUUUUCGACAUAAAGCCUACAAGCAAGAUCAAAUCUGUCACCCACCAGGUCGUUUAAGUAUGUGA